CGUCUGAUCCCCACCGCCCAGCUUCGAUACAUCCCACUCUUCCCCCUUGAACACUGUCCUUAACCUCACCGCGCCGGCACUUCGCCAGCAACACCACAUCAACCGCCCACGAUGGCAUCCUUUCUGGACAAUGCGUACAGCUUGGUGCACCAGGACAAUGCUGCCGACGUUCCUUCCCUCUCCGAUCUGCGCACGCAGCUAGAGAAGGGCACCGAUGAGAGCAAAGUCGAGACAAUGAAGCGCAUUCUCACGAUCAUGCUCAACGGUGACCCGAUGCCCAACCUGCUGAUGCACAUCAUCCGAUUCGUCAUGCCUUCGAAACACAAGGCUCUCAAGAAGCUGCUGUACUUUUACUACGAGAUCUGCCCCAAGCUCGACUCCAAUGGCAAGCUGAAGCAGGAGAUGAUCUUGGUCUGCAACGGUAUCAGAAACGACCUCCAACACCCCAAUGAGUACAUUCGUGGAAACACCCUCCGCUUCCUGUGCAAGCUUCGAGAACCCGAACUCAUCGAGCCUCUCCUCUCGUCCGCGAGACAAUGCCUUGAGCAUCGCCAUGCCUACGUCCGCAAGAACGCCGUCUUCGCCGUCUCCUCUAUCUACACACACUCCGCCUCCCUCAUUCCCGAUGCCUCCGACCUCAUUGCCACAUUCCUCGAAUCCGAGAACGACGCGACAUGCAAGCGCAACGCUUUCGCCGCUCUGGCGUCCAUCGACCACGAGAAGGCUCUGCUCUACCUGAGCACCGUAUUCGAGGGCAUCCCGAACGCAGAGGAGCUUCUGCAGCUCGUCGAGCUCGAGUUCAUUCGCAAGGAUGCCGUCCAGAACUCCCAGAACAAGGCGCGGUAUCUCAGACUCAUUUUCGACCUUCUUGAAGCAAACACCUCCACUGUCGUAUACGAAGCCGCCUCGUCAUUAACUGCUCUUACCAACAACCCCGUCGCCGUCAAGGCAGCAGCCGCCAAGUUCAUCGAGCUCAGCAUCAAAGAGGCGGACAAUAACGUCAAGCUUAUCGUGCUCGAUCGGGUCGACCAGCUUCGGAAAAAGAAUGAAGGCAUUCUGGAUGACUUGGUUAUGGAGAUUCUCCGCGUUCUCUCCAGUCCCGACAUCGAUGUUCGGCGCAAGGCCUUGGAUAUUGCCCUCGAAAUGGUGUCAAGCAAGAACAUCGAGGAGGUUGUUCUGUUGCUCAAGAAGGAGCUGUCCAAGACUGUCGACCAGGAGUACGAGAAGAACACCGAGUACCGCCAACUUCUCAUCCACACAAUCCACCAGUGCGCCAUCAAGUUCUCCGAGGUUGCAGCUAGUGUUGUAGACCUGCUCAUGGACUUUAUCGCCGACUUCAACAACACCUCCGCCGUCGAUGUCAUCAACUUUGUUAAGGAGGUCGUAGAGAAGUUCCCCAAGCUGCGCAAGCCCAUCGUGCAGAGGCUCGUCGCCACCCUCAGCGAGGUGCGCGCCGGAAAGGUGUACAGAGGAAUUAUGUGGAUCAUAGGAGAAUACUCCCUGGAGGAGCGCGACAUCAGGGAUGCGUGGAAGAGCAUUCGUUCCAGCCUUGGCGAGAUCCCGAUCCUCGCCUCGGAACAACGGCUUCUUGACGGUGAUGGUGAGGAGGAGAACAAGGAGCAGGUCAAUGGCCAUUCCAAGCCCACGGCACCAACCGGCUCCCGAAAGGUUCUUGCCGACGGUACCUACGCUACCGAAACAGCGCUCACCAGCCAGUCUGCUGUUGCUGCCAAGCUGGAGGCAGUCAAGGCUGCCCAGAAACCUCCCCUGCGCCAGCUCAUUCUCGACGGCGACUACUACCUCGCGACGGUCCUCUCUGCUACACUCGUCAAGCUGGUCAUGCGCCAUGCCGAGAUCUCUGCCGAGGCCGCACGCACCAAUGCUCUCCGUGGUGAGGCCAUGCUCAUCAUGAUCUCCAUCAUCCGUGUCGGCCAGUCGCAAUUUGUCAAGGCCCCCAUCGACGAGGACUCGAUUGACCGCAUCAUGUCUUGCGUGCGAUCGCUGGCCGAGUUCGCCCAGAACAAGGAGCUCGAGACCGUUUACCUCGACGAUACCCGCAAAGCGUUUAGGGCGAUGGUCCAGGCUGAAGAGAAGAAGAAGGCUGCCAAGGAGGCCGUCGAGAAGGCCAAGACGGCCAUUCAGGUUGACGACGUUGUUCAGAUCCGCCAGCUCUCCAAGAAGAACGCCAGCGACGGACUGGAUGACGUCGAGGUUGAUUUGGAGAGGGCAACUGGCGGAGAAGCCACCGCAGAAGAUCUGUCGUCUAAGCUUAGCCGCGUUGUCCAGUUGACUGGUUUCUCCGACCCCGUCUACGCCGAAGCCUACGUCAAGGUGCACCAGUUCGACAUCGUCUUGGACGUGCUGCUUGUCAAUCAGACAAUGGAGACGCUGCAGAACCUGUCCGUCGAGUUCGCCACCCUGGGCGACCUCAAAGUCGUUGAGCGUCCGACGACACAGAAUCUGGGCCCCCACGACUUCCACAACGUCCAGUGCACCAUCAAGGUUUCGUCCACGGAUACCGGUGUGAUCUUUGGCAACGUCGUCUACGACGGCGCCCACUCCACAGAUACCAACGUUGUCAUCCUCAACGACCUCCACGUCGACAUCAUGGACUACAUCCAGCCCGCGACCUGCACCGAGACGCAAUUCCGUACGAUGUGGACCGAGUUCGAGUGGGAGAACAAGGUCAACAUCAACUCCAAGGCCAGGUCUCUCCGCGACUUCCUCGAGCAGCUAAUGGCGGCAACCAACAUGAACUGCCUCACCCCCGAGGCUAGCAUGAAGGGCGACUGCCAGUUCCUAAGCGCCAACCUGUACGCUCGCAGUGUUUUCGGCGAGGAUGCUCUGGCCAACUUGAGCAUCGAGAAGGAGGGCGAGGACGGACCCAUCACCGGCUUCGUCAGAAUAAGAAGCAGAUCGCAGGGCCUGGCCCUGAGCCUGGGCUCCCUCAAGGGCCUCAACAAGAUCGGCUCAGCGGCGUAGAGGGUUUAAGGGUGAGGUUUGGGUGCUAUAUAUCGAAACAGCAGCGUCGCCCCGGCUGCCUAAGGCUACGCCAGUGGGUGUAAUGGGAGCUGAGGAGGUGUCAUGACGGCUCCGGAACCGAAAACAAAGACACGAUGCGUGGGGAAGGGGGGAACAACGGACGGC